GAAGUAAGGAGAUGGGGAAUGAGGAGGAAGGAGAGCAGGAAAAAUGGAGGGAGGAGGAAGGAAAGAGGAAAGAAGAUGAAGAGGGAGGGAGGAAGGUGGGAGAAAGAGAGGAUAGAAGGGGAAGAAAAAGGUCAGAGGGAAAGAAAAGAAGGAGUGGAGAGAGGUGGAAGAGAGUGAGAAAGGGAGGAAAGGAAAGUGGAAAAGAGGAGAAAGAAACGGAGAGAAGGAAAAAAGAGCGGGGGAAGAAAUUACAGGAAGAAGAUGGGAGAGGGGGAAGAGAAAUGGAGGGAGAGAGGAGGAGGAAAGCGGGGGGAGAAAAGGGGUGAAGAGGGAGAAAAUAAAGAGGAGAAUGAAAGAAGAGGAAAGAGAGAAGGUGAAAGAGGGAAAAGGGAGAAAGACGGAAAGAAAGGGAAGGGAGAUAGAGGGAGGAAAGAGGGGAAAGUGGAUGGGGGAGAGGAAGAGAAAUGAGAGGAGAGAUAGGGGGAAGGAAAAGAAAGAAAAGAGAAAGGGGAAAGAGUAGAGAGGGAAGGGAGAGACAGACAGGAGUUCCCGCGGCAGCCGCUAGGAAAGGGAGGGAGGCGGGGAAGACACCUUAACCCUAACACCCCCCACCCCCACCCCCCCUCAGCCAACCGAACCUCGGCCAGCUGGAAGCUGAGCGCGGAGGAGCGGGCGGGACUGGGCUGCCUCGGCCCGGGCGCACCUGCAGCGCCGCGGAACCCGAGCGCAGGUGGUAGCGGUUUUCCGGAGCGUGGGGGAAGCGCUUAAAUCCGCACACCGGAAGGGCGGCUCGAGCCGGAGUGCGUGGAGCGCGGGGUGCGGAGCGAGGCCGGUAGAGGCGCUGCUGGGCGGCGGGGCCGGCGAUUCUGGAAAACCAGCUGGCCUACUAGAGAAGAUGACUCAACUUGUCAAAACCCUUCGGAACCAUUGGAAGAAAACUACAUUUGGUGCCUGCUUGCUGACCUGGGGAGGACAUUGGCUGUAUGGAAAACACUGUGAUAACCUACUAAGGAGAGCGGCCUGUCAGGAAGCCCAGGUGUUUGGAAAUCAACUCAUUCCUUCCAAUGCACAAGUAAAGAAGGCAACUGUCUUUCUGAAUCCUGCAGCUUGCAAAGGAAAAGCUAGAAAUCUUUUUGAAAAAAAUGCUGCCCCCAUUUUACACUUAUCUGGCAUGGAUGUGACUGUAGUCAAGACAGAUUAUGAAGGACAAGCCAAGAAGCUGUUAGAAUUAAUGGAAAACACAGACAUGAUCAUUGUUGCAGGUGGGGAUGGAACUCUGCAGGAGGUUGUUACUGGACUUCUUCGAAGAGUAGAUGAAGUUACCUUCAGCAAGAUUCCCAUAGGAUUUAUCCCAUUGGGACAGACCUGCAGUUUGAGCCAUACUCUCUUCCCUGAAAGUGGAAACAAAGUCCAGCAUAUUACGGAUGCCACACUGGCCAUUGUGAAAGGAGAAACGAUUCCACUUGAUGUGCUGCAGAUCAAGGGAGAAAAGGAACAGCCUGUGUUUGCAUUAUCUGGCCUCCGAUGGGGAUCCUUCAGAGAUGCAGGAGUCAAAGUUAGCAAGUACUGGUAUCUUGGACCAUUAAAAACCAAAGCUGCUCACUUUUUCAGUACUCUUAAGGAGUGGCCUCAGAUACAUCAGGCCUCCAUCUCAUAUGUGGGGCCCACAGAGAGGCCCCCCAGUGAACCCGAGGAGAAACCUCCCAGGCCCGCUUUAUACCGGAGGAUAUUCCGAAGGCUCGCAUCAUAUUGGACGCGUUCUCAGGAAGCCGUCUCCCAGAAGGCAAAGCCAGAGGUCUGGAAAGAAGUGCAGCUGUCUACCCUUGAAUUAUCCAUCAUGACACGGAAUAGUCAGCCUGAUCUGCAGGGCACAGAAGAUUUCAUGAACAUUUGCAUUGAACCAGAUACUGUCAGUAAAAGUGACUUUAUCACAAUAGGAAGUCAAAAGAUGAGAGACCCUCAUGUGUGUCCUGAAGGCUCUGAGUACCUCCAAGCCAGCCGGUGUACAUUGCUUCUUCCUGAGGGAACAGGUGGGUCCUUCAGCAUCGACAGCGAGGAGUACGAGGCCAUGCACGUGGAGGUGACGCUGCUGCCCAAGAAACUCCAUUUCUUCUGUGACCCGCGACAGAGAGAGAAGAUGCUGCAGGGACCUGGGCAGUGAGCGCGAAUGGGCACUCUUCUCGGAGUGGGGGGGCCCUGCAGGAAGGUGGGGCUGUGCUCUGCUAAUACCUUUGGGGCAAAGGGGGCCCCCUCUGGAGAGCAGCACCUUGUUGUCUGGGGGGCUGCUGCUUAUGAAGUGCCCCUUUGCCACUCAGAGCAUCCCAGCAUGUCCUGUUCACUACCUGUCGUGUAGCCAGCUUCCAUUAAAAUGUGCUUCAGUUUUUGUCUCGAUAGUCUGCCCUCUUGGAUGUUGGUUUCCCCUGGUGUGCAUCCUGACUUUCAAGGAGUUUCUUAACACUGCCAAACAGCACAUCUUGAAAUGGAAAAGGGUAGGAGCAUCUAUUAGCCCCCACCCCAAAGUGUGCUCCUCUGUUGUGUCAGCAUAACAAGGCAAUGACAGCGGAAUGGAAGCUCGGUCAGGUCCUCCUCAGCUGGAAAGGGUAGAGUGUGAGCUUGGUCGCACACUCCGCCUCUACUCUUUAGGACCAUUGUGGUCACCUGAGUCCGAAGGCUCAUCCCCAGCUUGGAUGCAAAGGAUAACUACUUCUGGUCACCCCGAGUAGGGCUUAGUCCUAGAGGGGUUUUCACUUAGAGGGAAUAUCUACACAGAUAAAAUUAUAGCUCCUUCAGGUAUUAAAGCCACUCACUCCCUAUCACCCUUUAGAGUAUCUCUCUUUUCUCAAAGCUUUUUCUGUCUUCAGCACCUUCUAAGGAAAGGCCCCUGUUGGCAGGCCCUCAUUUUCAUUUCUCUUGACUUGGCCCUACCUUAACAGAAAGUACAUAUAUAGCAGCUUCUUCCUUAAGUUGAAAUAUGACAUUGUGAUGCACCUGAUUUUAAAUGAAUAUAAACAUAGUUCAGGAAAGAAAGUCCUGAAGGAGAGAGUCCUCCCUAAGAAUUUUUUCCUUGCCACCCUUUCAUUCAUUACCUCAUUAAAAAAACAAAAAAAAAAAACCCAGACACAAAUAUCUCCCCCAGCUUAAUUUGUGCUUAAUGUACAUUUCUAUGUUCUCUUUGUGCCUUCUAUCUUCUUAAGUAGGACCUUUCAUAAUAACUUACAAUUAUAAUGCUUUAAGAUUUUCAAAAAUGCUUCCCUUACAGCAACCUUUUAAGAUAACUUAGAUGUAAAUAUUAGCCUUGUUUUUCAGAUAAAGGUUCAAUUAUUUUAAACAACUUGUUCAUGGUUAUGCAUCUAGUAUUUGAACCUACAUCUUCUGACUCUAGACUUGUGUUCUAUAUAUUAUACUAGCCUUCUAAUUUUGAGUAAGUUCAAUUAUAUUUAGAGAAAAUCUCAAACUCCUCUUCCCCUCAAUUCCUGCCCAGUGAGAAAUGAUCAAUUUGUAAAAAAGGAGGUAAUUUUUAGUUUUAGAGAGAUGGACCCCCAGAUUUGGAAUCGGAAGAGUAGGUUGCAAAUCCUGGCCGUUUUAAUAACUUCUGAACUGUGGAUGUAUUAACUGAGCUUUUAUUUGUUUCAGUUUGCUCAUCUGUAAAAUGAGAAAUAUUUGUACCACCUGCCUUUUGGGGCAUUUUGGAAAUCAGCUGAUAUAAUGUCUAUAAAAUGCUGCAUAUAAAGAACCAUUUAAAUGGCACUUCUCCCCCCUCCUUUUUUGCAACAUAUAGGGUGUUUUCUCUAAGAGCCUGUUUUCUAUAACAGAGCUUGUAAACAGCAAAAUCCAUUUUUCCUUCAAAAUCCGUAUUCCCUUCCCUCCAUCUUUUGACUUCCUUUUGUGAAAGAGUAGUUACAGUUUCCUGUGCUAUUUUUUUUCUCAUUUCUUUAAUCCUUUCCCCAAAUUGUGCAUUUGGAUUGAUGUUGGAGAAAGGAUGUAUUGAACAAAAUUAAUAUUACAUACUGCCACCAUCCAUUUUUGUUUUUAAUGUUAACAUUUUAAAGUCGAAGUACAUGAGGGUUUUUGUUGCCUAGUUCUGGCUUUUAUUUAUUCAUUUUUACUAUAUUGCACAUCUUUGUUUUGCUGAUGAUAUUAUAAGGACAACUCUUCCUGUAUGAGUUUGCUCUAUUUCUCUAAGAAAUAGGUGUAAAUGCACACACACACACACACCCCUCCAUAUUGUGACAUUAUUUCUUUGCCUUUCUCCAUAUACUAUAUACUACCUUAUAAAGAAACAGAAUAUAUCUAUAGGGGUAGCACUGGACAGCAAGAAGUCUGGUAUCAAAAUUGUUCUUAGAACAGCAUGUUUCUACAAAUAUGUUGAUGGUGGUUUGUUUUGACAAGAUGGGAAAGAAGCAACAGAAUGGCUUUUUUAUUUAUUCCAAAGUUGUUUAUAAUAGUAAAUGGUCUCAGGGCACAACACUGUCCCCUAUUCAAAAGAAAAAACAAAUUACAUGAAAUAAAAUCUAAUCUUUUAUCAUUUACCAAUUUUAGAAAAUGGAUUAUUACAUUAGAAUAAACUUUUUAACAAAUGAUAGGCUCUGUGACCCUGGAUGAAUGACUUAAUUUUUCAGUACUGGAUGCCAGUGUUGUCAAACUCAAAUAGAAACUAGAUCAUUAUAUUAUACAUGAGAAUCUCUGUAAUUUGCAUUUAGACUUUACAAAAUACAUAUUAACAUCAUGUGUUCUAUUGUAUUUUUAUUUAUUUCAUUAACUAUUUCCCAAAUUACAUUUUUAUCUGGUGCAGCAUAUUUGAUACUGCUACAGGUAAACAUCAAGACAGGGAUUCUUCACUCUUUUUAUGUAAUGCAUCCCUUUGGUAUUCUAGUGAAGUAAUACCGUGGUUACUUGCCUGUAUUCAUAAUUGAAAAGACUCAAUUUCAAUUAUAGUGAAAAUAAGGAGAUUGGGUUUUUUAUUCCAUCUAAGUUCACUAUCCUCUGAAAUAUGAUUUGUUAACCUCAAAUUAAGAAGCCACAAAAUAAGUUACAGAAAUCUUGAUAGGCAUUGGCAAAGGAAGUUUCUUAUACCAACAGAGUCACAGUUUCCGUAUCUGCCUGUGGAAUAGGUGUUUGGUCUUACUUGCAUUCCUUAUUCAUGGAGAUAGAACAUUCAACUGAAGUGAGAUAGUGAAUCUUUCUCUUCUGAAUGAACUUGUAAAUUUAAUCUCUCUUCUUGAACUCUCAAGGAUGGCGGCUGUUCCAAGAGAAUGGUGCACCUCUAGGAGCAGCAAUCUUUCAGGCAUCACCUGGGUACAAGCAUGGUGAUAUAGUCCAGACGAGCUUCACGACCCAACAUGGGCCCAGGCAGAGGCAAGCUCCUCAGCAUCAGCCAAAAGGCUCUGCACAGUCAAAGGGAGUGGAAUGUAACAGCCACAGAGUGAUUACAAUCCAUGUGUUCAUGUUAAAAUGUGAACUUUAAUUGUAAAAACUAUUUUCUGUAACUAUGGUCAUAUCAACCUCUGUAGCCCAUUUGACUUGGAUCUAUACAAAUAUGAUAAAAACUAUACAGCAACCAUUUGUACAACAGAACAAAUUCAAGUGCCAUUUUUGUCUUAUUAGGAUUAAUCCUUCCUUGGGCCUUUGGAAUUGUAACAUCUAAGGGGUUAGUAGGUUUGCAAGCACUGUCACUGGAGUAGUAGUCACCCUACUGAUUUCAUGGUUUCAUAUGCAGUAGGUAAAGACCUUUCAGGGAAAAGGGAUUUUGGAGAAGGGGAGAGAGGGAGAAGACUUCAGGCUUUUGUUAUUGCUAGCAUAGGUUAAAGAACCGUGACAUUAAUAAUUCGAUGUGCUUUCCAUCUUGAAGGUGUUCAGGAGGCUGCACUCAUCAAAUGGCAAGAAGAAUCAGAUUAUAUUCAGAUAUAUCAGUUGUUUUUUUUCAAAUUUAACAUUUCUAGGAUGACCAAAGAGUAAUCUAAAUGAAGAGAAUAAACCUAAUUUUGGUAGGAUUUUUUUGGUUCUCCCUCUCCUGUGCUCCUCUUCUUUUCUUCCAUCAGAGCAAAAAUAUGAUACCAUUUUUUCAAUAUUGUAUCCUCCCCAGGGAGCAGUUUAUUAAUAGGGGCUGACUGAUCAGAAAUAUGCAGCUUUACUACUUUCUAAGAAAAUAGAUUUUUUUGCAUUUGGUUUAACUAACAUGUCUCCUUCAGGAAUAACUAAACCUUAUUUCCUGAGAAGACAAUAUUUAUAUUUAAUGACAACUCCCAUCCCUCUGCCAAGAUGUCUAAAUCAUAUUUCUGUGGCUUUUUAGGCUAGGUCUCCUUAAUAUAAUGUAAUUGUCUUUUUCCAGCAUUGCAUUAUAAUUUUGAAAUAUUUUUCUAUCAGUAAGCAACUAAAUAACUCUUCCUUUUUUAUAAGGAAAAAAGAUCAAUUUGCAGGAUUUUCUAACCAUACUCAGUAAUCUUCUACAGCUCUUUAGAGUAUAGACCAAUUAGUAAUCAAGAUAAGAUUUCUAAUGACAGCUUUUAAGGACAUGCUAAAAAACAAGGACUUCAUUCCCUUUCAACUUUCUGUCAGUCAAGUCAAACUGUGGUAGCAUCCAUUUUUAAUACGAAAAAGUCCUACAGAUCAUCAUAAAAGAUGAAUAGGGACUACAAAAGUUAGGGGGCUACUCUCUGUAGUCAUAGUUCAGGGCAGGGAAUGGGGAAGCUGUAGCUUUUGCCACCCAAAUCAAGGGAUUCUUGAUCUCAUCAGUCAAGUGCAAAGACAGAUCUUAGUGAUAAGAUACUAAUGAUCUACAUCCUUGGGUCUACCCAGUUUUUUUUUUUCGUUUUUUUUUUUUUUUUCUUUUGCUGCUAUCAAGCAUCAGACCUUAGGAGAACAUUGAUUCUUCUUGCCCUUAAGUUCUUACAGGCAUGAGCUAUUUAUCUGUUGGAAUUGGGCAAGAACAUUGAUUCUUCAUGCCCUUAAGUUCUUACAGGCAUGAGCUAUUUAUCUGUUGGAAUUGGGCAAGACUUCUGACAUCUGUAACUUGUACCUACUACAGUGUAAAUUUUUAACCUUAUCUUGGAGCAUCACUGCAUUAAAAGGCUCAAUUUAGUUGUUGUUCUUCACAGGAGGUUCUCCCACAAGAAUACUUUAAAGACAAUCUCAUGGUUCUGUUUUAAAGGAUUUUUCUAGUUUGUUCAAAAUAUUAACAUCUUCAAUUUCUAUAGCUUCUGUUAAGCUUGUUCUACUAAGAACAAGGCGGCGGUAAAGUUUUAAAUUUCUCUUCAUCCUUCCACUGCUCAGGUUAAAAUGCAGUGGAUCAAUAGAUGUUUUGGUAUGGGGAUUUUCACACUAGUUUUUUUUUUUUUUUAAACAUAUUUUGGUCCCAAAUUUUGCUUUAUUUUAACAAAGGGAAGAACAGUAAAUUACAUAUGCAAAUAAGUGCCACAGAUUCUACCCAGGCAAAUUCCUCAUUCCUUUUAAUCUCUAACCUGCUUCCCUUCUUCCCUUCCCCCAAAAUGGGAAUAAAAAACAUCUAUGAUGCUUUGAUGGCCGAUGCCCUAUGAGAGCAAAAUAUUUUCUAUUUCAAGUCAGUGACUGUUUACUAUGGCUCAGUAGGGUACAAAACCCCUGGUCCAGUAUUGCAAAACAACAAUCACCCACUAGAGAGAAGGAAUGCUUCAGUGUAACAAGAUCAGAAAGCUCAUGUAAAAUUUAAUCCUGUCUCCUUUCCAUAUAGCACUACCUAACACUAAUGCUUUUUGCAACAUAAGCUUAGACUUUAAAACAAAAAGUCCACAGCCAUGGCUUGUGCUGGCUAAUGCCUCUUAAGUAGUUCUGACAUCCUGUGUACCUAAGUGAGUUCCUUUCCACCAUGAGGCCCUUGAUUUCCAGUCUGCUCUAAGGGAAUUGAUAAUGAUGAUUAGGCCUGGGUACUUUUACACUGAAGGGAUUAGAGGGGAAAAACUUUACCUGCUGGUAUAAGAAAAAAUUAGUGAAUAAUGACAAAAGGGACUGGAUUGCAUCUCAGGAUGAAUAUAUAUUCCUAAAGAUCUUUUUAAGCUUCAGAUCCUAUGAAUGGGGGAGCAUGUUAGAGACAGCGGAGUAAUAGUGGCAAAAAAGAAGGCCCAGGAUGUUCCAAAGAGGAAAUUCGAUUUUUUUUUUCUUUAUAAAUAUUUCUAUCACUGGAAUGCUGGCUACUGUCCCCAACAAAA